AUGGGCCUCUACCUCCUCGACUACGGCGCUGGCAACGUCCAGAGCCUCGCAAACACCCUCAAGAAACUCGGCUAUGACUUCACAUGGAUAUCGUCCCCCGCUGACUUCCACAAGGCCACCAGCCUCAUAUUCCCCGGUGUCGGCGCAUUCGGCAGUGCUAUAGAUGGCCUCAUUUCCCGCGGCUACCUUGAGCCCCUCCGCGAGUACAUCGCCUCUGGCCGGCCGUACUUUGGCAUAUGCAUCGGCCUCCAGGUCCUCUUCCAGUCCUCCACAGAGUCACCUUCUUCGACAGGUUUGGGGAUCAUACCAGCUGUCAUACAAGAGUUUGACCGGGCGGACAAGGCCGUCCCCCACAUGGGGUGGAAUGCGGCGGAGCUGCUAGACCCGGAAUGCAAGACGCACGAGGGCCUCGACGAGUCGUCCCACUACUACUUCGUCCACUCAUAUCGGGCAAAGUACGACUGGACACAGCCAGACGCCGCACAGUGGGUCCACAGCACCACACAGUAUGGCCAGGAGGUGUUCGUCGCCACCGUCCGCAAGGGCAACGUCUUCGGCUGCCAGUUCCACCCCGAAAAAUCCGGCACGGCCGGUCUCAAGCUGCUCGCCGCAUGGCUGAGCGAGCCAGAGUCCGCACGCGCGUCCACACCACCCACACCGUGCAUCCCGCGCCCCCCAAAGCCCAGGGACGGCCUCACCAAGCGCAUCGUCGCCUGCAUGGACGUCCGCUCGAACGACAACGGCGACCUCGUCGUCACCAAGGGCGACCAGUACGACGUCCGCGAGAAGGCGCCGUCUGCGCCGGACGACACGCUGCAGGCGCGCACCGCGGGGGCCGUCCGCAACCUCGGCAAGCCCGUCGCGCUCGCCGCGCGCUACUACGCCGCGGGCGCGGACGAGCUCUGCCUCAUGAACAUCACGUCCUUCCGGCACUCGCCGCUGCGCGACCAGCCGAUGCUCGCCGUCGUGCGCGCGGCCGCCGCGGAGGUCUGCGUCCCGCUCACGAUCGGCGGCGGCAUCAAGGACGCGGUCGACCCGGACGGCACGCCGCGCAGCGCGCUCGAGGUCGCCGGCGCGUACUUCCGCGCGGGCGCGGACAAGGUCAGCGUCGCGACGGAGGCGGUGUACGCCGUCGAGCGCAUGCGUGCGCGCGCGGGCGACGGUGGGGUGGGCGACGGCGACGGCACGAGCGCCAUCGAGACGAUCGCGCAUGCGUACGGCCGCCAGGCGGUCGUCGUGUCCAUCGACCCGCGGAGGGUGUACGUCGACCCCGCGUACGACGGGCCGUACGCGGCCGAGCUCGUGCACGGCACGCCCGACGGCGCGGAGAAGGAGCGCGGCCGGGCGUGGUGGUACCAGUGCACGGUCAAGGGCGGGCGGGAGGACCGGCCGCUGUCCGUCGUGCAGCUCGCGCAGGGCGUCGAGAGGCUCGGUGCCGGCGAGAUCAUCCUGAACAGCAUCGACAGGGACGGCACCGGGCUCGGGUUCGAUCUCGGGCUCGUCAAUCUGGUGAAGAAGAACGUGCGGAUACCGGUCGUGGCGAGCAGCGGUGCCGGGAGGAAGGAGCACUUCGUGGAAGUCUUCGAGGGGACGGGCGUGGAGGCUGCGCUGGCCGCGGGCAUCUUCCACCGGCAAGAAGUGGGAAUCGACGAGGUGAAAGAAGCCCUGGCUGCUGCGCACAUCAGUGUACGGACGUAGAGCAGCAUACGAUCCAUCAAGUUUGUAUUGGUUUAAAGUCGGUCGCCAUGCUGUAUUUAUGGCAUCCGCUGUUGUAUCUCAGGAACCGAGAUGGAAGAUGCAUCCUGCUAAA